AGGUGUAUUUUUCUGUUUGUUUCUUGAGAAAAUUUUACAGAGCGAGAAAUGGCGACAGAGGAGGGACAAGUUUUCAGCUGCCACACUGUGGAGGCAUAGGAGUAGCAGCUCCAGAAGGCCAACGACUCCAAGAAGCUGCUUCCAAUUUUGGCAAUGGAAACAAGUGCAGGCCCCGAGCGCAACUUGAUGAUUGGUGGAAGUGAUUCACCGACUUUGCAAAUUGAUCCCAAAAGAUCCCGGUUCCCAUGCUGCAUUGUGUGGACACCCCUUCCUGUUAUUUCAUGGUUGGUUCCUUUCGUUGGCCACAUGGGCAUAUGCAGAGAAGAUGGCGUCAUAUUGGACUUUGCGGGGCCCAAUUUCGUGCGCGCGGAUAACUUUUCUUUUGGAGCAGCAACUCGCUACAUCCAAAUAAACAAAGAAAAGUGUUGCGCUAUUCCCAAUCUGUCUGAGUACCAAAGUGAGGAUCAAUAUGGGGAGAAUGAACCCGGUAGAGACAUAAAGACAUGGGAUGAUGCACUCCGGAAGGGCACUCGGGAAUUCCAACACCGAGCUUACAACCUUUUUACCUGCAAUUGCCACUCCUUUGUAGCCAACAACCUAAACAGGUUAGGGUUUCGGUCUGGUGGGUGGAAUGUGGUGAACCUUGCAGCUCUGAUCUUCCUCAAGGGUCAGUGGGUGAGCACAGCAGCCAUGGUGCAGUCCUUACUACCGUUUUUAAUAAUAUUCUGUCUCGGAGUUGCAUUAGCAGGUUCAACCUUCCUAACGUACGUAGGUUUCUUCACCGCCUUUCUUGUCGGUUGGUUUCUUCUUGGUACGUACUGUUUCAAGAGUUUGAUCCGAUUGUAGAUUCUGUUAUUUGGAGUCUUCGUACGAAAACUUUGGUUUCAGAGACUUGUAAUUCAAAUGUAUAGAACAGAGGCAAUUGCCAGCUACUUUCGACACUUUCAAAGCAUGUUUUCCCCGUUGA